CUCGCGGCCGCCUGACAGUGCGCGCAUCUCGGCCUGAGCAUCCAGUGAGCAGCCGCCGACAUGGACCCGGAAGCGGUGGAAGCAUAGCGGCGUGUUUACACCGAGAGGAGGCUGUCUUUUUAUUUCUUUUCAAACAUUGGAAGCUUUUUUUAAAAAAAUAAGUGGACAUUUGAGUGUUUAGUGUGUGUCCUUCAUCAUCCUCAUCAUCAUCAUCAUGGCGAGUGAUUCUCCUGCUCGAAGUCUGGAUGAAAUAGAUCUGUCUGCUCUGAGGGAUCCUGCUGGCAUCUUUGAGCUGGUGGAGCUGGUGGGGAAUGGCACCUACGGCCAAGUGUACAAGGGUCGCCAUGUUAAGACGGGGCAACUUGCAGCCAUCAAGGUCAUGGAUGUCACUGGGGACGAAGAAGAGGAGAUAAAAGCAGAAAUCAACAUGCUGAAGAAGUACAGCCAUCACCGCAACAUCGCCACCUACUACGGAGCGUUCAUCAAGAAGAAUCCUCCUGGAAUGGAUGACCAACUCUGGUUGGUGAUGGAGUUCUGCGGUGCAGGUUCUGUCACAGACCUGAUCAAGAACACCAAAGGCAACUCUCUGAAAGAAGAAUGGACAGCUUACAUCUGCAGAGAGAUUCUCAGGGGCCUGACUCACCUCCACCAGCACAAAGUCAUCCAUCGAGACAUCAAGGGACAAAACGUGCUGCUGACGGAGAACGCCGAGGUGAAACUAGUGGACUUUGGUGUGUCGGCUCAGCUGGACCGGACAGUGGGAAGGCGGAACACCUUCAUCGGGACGCCAUAUUGGAUGGCGCCCGAGGUGAUUGCCUGCGACGAGAACCCCGAGGCGACAUACGACUUUAAGAGCGACUUGUGGUCCCUGGGAAUCACGGCCAUAGAGAUGGCAGAAGGGGCGCCAUCGCUGUGUGACAUGCACCCCAUGAGGGCCCUCUUCCUCAUCCCUCGAAACCCAGCGCCGAGACUCAAGUCCAAGAAAUGGUCCAAGAAGUUCCAGCUGUUCAUAGAAAGCUGCCUGGUGAAGAGUCACGGUCAGAGGCCGAGUACGGAGCAGCUGCUCAAGCAUCCUUUCAUCCGAGAGCUGGCCAACGAGAGGCAGGUGCGCAUCCAGCUCAAAGACCACAUCGACCGCACCAAGAAGAAGAGAGGAGAGCGCGACGAGACUGAGUACGAGUACAGCGGCAGUGAAGAAGAGGACGACGACAGAGAGUCGGGUGAGGCCAGCUCCAUCAUCAACAUCCCCGGGGAGUCCACCCUGCGCAGAGACUUGCGCCUGCAGCUGGCCAAUAAGGAGCGGUCGGAGGCGCAGAGGCGGCAGCAGCUGGAGCAGCAACACAACGAGGAGCACAAGCGCCUCCUGCUGGCCGAGAGGCAGAAGCGCAUCGAGGAGCAGAAGGAGCAGCGGCGGCGGCUGGAGGAACAGCAGCAUCGUGAGCGUGAUCUGAGGAAACAACAUGAGAGAGAGCAGAGGAGACGCUAUGAGGAAAUGGAGCAGCACCGCCGAGAGGAGGAGAGGAGACUUGCUGAGAGAGAGCAGGAGUUUAUCCGUAGGCAGCUGGAAGAGGAGCAGAGGCAGUUAGAGAUCCUCCAGCAGCAACUUCUCCAGGAGCAGGCCUUACUGCUGGAGUACAAGCGUAAGCAGGUGGAGGAGCAGCGGCAGGCGGAGCGACUGCAGAGGCAGCUCCAUCAGGAGAGAGCCUACCUGGUGUCCCUGCAGGCGGACAAGAAACAACUUUAUCACUACAAGGAAGUCAUCAAUCCUGCAGAUAAACCAGCCUGGGCUAAAGAGGUAGAGGAGAGGUCUAAGCUGAACAGACAGAGUUCUCCAGCACUGCAGCCCAAAUCUUCCAAUCGCAUCUCUGACACUUCCCUCCUUCCCCGCUCAGAGUCCUUCAGCAGUGUGGCCAUGCAGCCUGCCCCGACCACACCUGGCCACCGUCCCAAUGAACCACAGAUGGCCCACUUGGUCCCUGUCAAGACCCAAGCCGGCUCCAUGUCCGGGUCACAGUCUCUGCAGGACCAAACGGCUUCCACCCAGAGCGAGGGCGGGGGCUCGCCCAGGCCCGAUAUUCCCCGCCAAAACUCCGACCCGACAUCCGAAACGCAAACAUCGGCGCCGGGCGUGACUGCGAGGGAGGAGCGUGGAGCGUGGGCCCGGCUGAGAGAGGAAGACCUCCCGCCCAAAAUCCCCCCAAGGAACACGUGCAUCUCCCCAGCCGGGGUCAGGAAGAAUGGAGGAGUCGGUCCUGGUCCUCGCACAGCCUCUCCUUUCAUACGAGCGAGUAACCCAGACCUGCGACGCUCCGAGCUCUCUCUGGACGCCAUGUUGCAAAGAACCUCCUCCAACUCGUCUUCUUCGUCCUCCCCAUCAUCCCAGGGAGGCUCGGUGGAGAGGAAAGGUCCCAACAGACUAGAAGGUUCCUCCUCGGGAGCCAAGCAGGAGGCAAAGUCCAAACGGGAGGAGAGCCGGGAAUCAACCAGACCCAGCCGACCUGCGGACCUCAGCGCUCUGGCCAAGGAACUCAGAGAACUGAGGGUGGAGGAGGGCAGCCGUCCUCCAGUCAAGGUGACGGACUACUCGUCGUCCAGCGAGGAGUCAGAGAGCAGCGACGAGGACGGGGAGACGGUGGGACAGGACGGCACCGUUGCCGUUAGCGACAUCCCCCGCAUCAUGCCAGCUGUGCAGAGCAGCAGCGAGUCCUACAGAGGCCUGAGCGAGGACUCCCUGGGGGACGCAUACAGGAACUCCAAGGACAGCACCCUGGUGGUGAGAGAGGCCGACAAGAAGAGAAGGAGAGGCAGCCACGCCGAGAGCAACGGUUUCGCCCACCACGGCAACCUCCCUGACCUGGUGCAACAGAGCAACUCCCCCACCGCCACGCCCUCGGCCCUGCAGGAGCUGGGUGACAUGCCCCAGUUUGGUUUAGGCGGCUCCAAAGCAUCCUUCACCCCGUUUGUGGACCCUCGUGUCUACCAAACAUCCCCCAGUGAUGACAAUGACAACUCAGCUGCAGCGAUGUUUGCCAACGAGCUGUUGAGGCAGGAACAGGCUCGACUCAACGAAGCCAGGAAGAUCUCAGUGGUCAACGUCAACCCCACCAACAUCCGACCACACAGCGACACACCCGAGAUACGCAAGUACAAGAAGCGCUUCAACUCGGAGAUCCUCUGCGCCGCUCUCUGGGGCGUCAACCUGCUGGUGGGCACAGAGAACGGUCUCAUGCUGCUGGACCGCAGCGGCCAAGGCAAAGUUUACAACCUGAUCACCAGGCGUCGCUUCCUGCAGAUGGACGUGCUGGAGGGGCUCAACGUGCUGGUCACCAUAUCUGGCAAGAAGAACAAGCUGCGUGUUUAUUACUUGUCCUGGCUGAGGAACAGAAUAUUACACAACGACCCAGAAGUGGAGAAGAAGCAAGGCUGGAUCACAGUGGGGGAGCUGGAGGGCUGUGUACACUACAAAGUUGUCAAGUAUGAGAGAAUCAAGUUCCUGGUGAUUGCUCUAAAGAACUCGGUGGAAAUCUACGCCUGGGCGCCCAAACCCUACCACAAGUUUAUGGCCUUCAAGUCCUUCGCCGAGCUGCAGCACCGACCCCAGCUGGUGGACCUGACCGUGGAGGAAGGUCAGAGGCUGAAGGUCAUCUACGGCUCCAGCGUGGGCUUCCAUGUCGUCGACGUGGACUCGGGCAACCCGUACGACAUCUACAUCCCGUCACACAUCCAGAGCCAGGUGACGCCGCACGCCAUCGUGGUGCUGCCCAAAACGGACGGCAUGGAGAUGCUGCUGUGCUACGAGGACGAGGGCGUCUACGUCAACACCUACGGACGCAUCACCAAGGAUGUGGUGCUGCAGUGGGGCGAGAUGCCCACCUCAGUUGCCUACAUCCACUCCAAUCAAAUCAUGGGCUGGGGAGAGAAAGCCAUCGAGAUCCGCUCCGUGGAGACGGGUCACUUGGACGGAGUCUUCAUGCACAAGAGGGCUCAGAGGCUCAAGUUCCUGUGUGAGCGCAACGACAAGGUGUUUUUUGCGUCGGUGCGAUCAGGAGGCAGCAGCCAAGUCUUCUUCAUGACCCUCAACCGGAGCUCCAUGAUGAACUGGUGAUGGCUCCGCCCCCGUCGUCCACUCGCCACCCCGGGCGACGAAUCACGUGAAGCUUGAAAAAGGGGAAGCGGGGCAUGAAGGUCGAAUACAAAACAGUGACAAGGUCAUUUGGGCUCCGUCCUCUUCCCCCUUUUUCACCCUUCUCGAUGUUCUUCCUCCUUCGCCGCUCUUCUUCCUCCCCCCGAGCGGCGUAUGCAACACACCUUUAAGAAGAUGUCGCCCUUCUUCUCUUUCCUCCCUCAUCAAGUCUAAAGGUGCUGCGUUUUACUUCUUGUCGCCCCCCCAUGGCCAACUACUGUACAGCAGCUGUCCGUGAGUGUCCUUUGACGUCCACACGUCACGACACACAAAAUAUUCGGAGCACGCUUGGCCUCUUCUACGUUUUGACAUCCAUCCCAGCGCUUCUUAUUCUGCCCACGGUUGUUGUGUAUUUCAUUGUCUGGGCCAGGGGUGUCCAAAGUGUGGCCCGGGGGCCAUUAAAACAUCAUUCUAAAAAUACUAUUAUGCAAAAAAAAAGAAAAGAAAAGUGGAAUAAAAGAGCAAACAGGAUCAAAUGUAAGGAGAAAAAGUUGCAAAGCACUUUUUUUUCUUUAAAACUAUCAUUACUCAAAACAUUUUUUUAAUUAAAAUACAUUUUAUGAAUUAUUAAGUCGCAAACACCGUAUUUUUCGUACCAUAGGGUGCACCGGAUUAUAAGGCGCACUGCUGAUGAGCGGCUCUAUUCAGGUCUUUUUUCAUACAUAAGGCGCACCGGAUUAUAAGGCGCUGUCACGCCAAUUUUCUUCCCAUCACAAAAACCUUCUUACCCCCCCAUUUACUUCCGGGGUCAUUUCCGCUUACGUCAUUUCCGCUUACGUCAUUUCCGCUUACGUCAUUGCCAGCGAUCGAUAAAUCCAAAUCUCCUGAAAAUGGUGGUGUCACUGGAUGAUAUUCGUCUUUAUCUUUCCCAGGGGACUUAUGUCAAACACCAGCAGGCUUCGCAACAUUUCAAGCGGAGUGCUGCGAACUUCUGUCUUCGUGGUAACGUGCAAAAAAUAGUAAUUACUAUAUAAUACUGUUAAAUGUCUGUACUACUUUAAAUCAACAUUAUUGUUGAAACCAUUUCACUAAUAUUAAUUAAUAUGUAAUAAUGUUAAAUGUCUGUACUUUAAAUCAACAUUAUUGUUGAAACAUUUCAGUAAUAUUAAUUAAUAUAUAAUACUGUUAAAUGUCUGUACUUUAAAUCAACAUUAUUGUUGAUAAUUCAGACGUUUUGUUAAGGCUGUAUUAUAAAAAAGAGUCAAACGAAGUGCUACCGAUCGCUGUCAAUGACGUAAGCGGAACUGACGUAAGCGGAAAUGACCCCGGAAGUAAAUGGGGGUUAGGAAGGUUUUUGUGAUGGGAAGAAAAUUGGCGUGACAGCGCAUUAAAGGAGUCAUAUUAUUAUUCAGAUUCUUUUCUAAGUGUAAAAGACUCCCUUGUGGUCUACAUAACAUGUAAUGCUGCUUCUUUGCUCAAAAUGUUGCAUCGAUGAUGUUUUACUCAUCAUCUUCAACUCACUUUCUGACAGUCACACAUUUUCAGGACUUAUGCAGAUCCCAAAAACAGAUCAGCAGGUACCAGAAGGUAAGAAAAGUUGUUUUUGCAUAAUAUUGCGAAACAAAUCAGCAGAUAAUAUGUCUGCCUCGGGUGCCAUGUUGCGCUCCUUACUCACACACCAUAAUAAUACUGGUAUCUCUGACUACGGUAGCUGUAAUGGCCGACAAUCCAUCAAGUGGUGUGGCUUCAAAGUCCUACUAAAAACAUUUUCACACAUUUUUGAGCGCCGUGUGUAAUGUUCUUUAUUCUCAAUGGAACAUAUAAAGUUUUGGUGUUGUUUACUUGAGCCAUAAUGCAGUUUACAUGUAUCUCUUAUGUGUGACUGCCAUCUACUGGUCACACUUAUCAUUACACCAUGUACCAAAUAAAAUAGCUUCGAGGUCGGUAAGCACAACCACAAUUAUUCCGCACAUUAGGCGCACCAAGUUAUAAGGCGCAUUGUCGAGUUUUGAGGACAUGAAAGGAUUUCAAGUGCGCCUUAUAGUCCGAAAAAUAGGAUAAUUAAAUCGAUGGGAAAUUUAAGUAAUUUAUCAAGCAAGAAAUAAUUUUCCAGCAAAUGUUCAAAGAAUGAGAUGGAGAAUAUAAUUAGAGGGGUCAUUUAACACAACUCUUCAAAGUCAAACAAAGCAAUGACAUCAUCCAAUUUAGAAAGAAAUACAAAAUAAAUAUUUUUUGACAGUUAAAAUAAAAAGGACAAAACAUGAAAUAUCUUAAAGGUAUAUUUUAUUCAAAAAGUACAUUUGAUGAAAUGAGUGUUUAAUGACAAUGUCAUUAUAUGUAUCCUGUAAUUAUAUACUUUAAUAUAUGAUGUACUAUAAAAUAUACUUCAUUAGUUUUGGUAAAUAAGCUCAUCUUGUAUUUCAUUCCUAAAGAAGGAGAUGAUUAUAUCUGAGUGAUGUCAUAAGAUGUCGCUUCUUCUUCUUCCUGCUCCUCUUCGGACGCACGCCGUGUUAUUUCCUUGAUUUUUUUAUUGACUUUGUUAAAAUUGUGUAGAUUGAGGCUAUUUCUGAAUGUUGUGAUCAAAAUAAAGAAUAAAGAAAAGGGCAUUAAAGAUUAAAAAACAUUUUAAAAAAUGACCUAAUUAACAGAUAGAUCUGAAGUUGAUAUCGAGAUUUAAGUGUUGAAGUAAAAAAAUAUGACUUGUACAUUUUUAUGAGUGGGACACUUUUGGAUCCCCAAAACCUUUAGUGGGAUUUUUUUUUUUUUUUAAACAUGUCAUUGCCCAAAAAAUAAUAAUGAAUCAUAAUCUAAUUCAUAAUCCUAAUCUGUUGCUAUGAAUUAUUAAACUAUCAAAGCUCCUAAUUAUUUGACGUCAAAUAUUCCACCUUCAAUAUUUUUACGGGGGCUCGUAUUGCAUUUUUGAUGUUUUUGCCACAAAAAAGUGUGUUUCUUUGUCAAAAAGAGCAUAAACGUUUCAGUUUUUUUAAAGUACCUUUAUAUUGAUCGAAGGAUCGGAAGUUGAUGUCAAGAUUUUGGCAUUUAAAGUAAAAAAAAAAAGAAAAGAAUUAUGACUUAUUCUUAUUCUCAACACUUUUACGAGUGGGGCCCUUUUGUGUCCCCAAAACCUUUUUUUAAAACAUGUCAUUGCCCCCCCAAAAAUAAUAAUGAAUCAUAAUCUAUGUUAUGAAUUAUUGACCUAUUCACUGUUCCACUUACUUCACUCCAAAUAUUCCACUUUCAUUUUGAAUUUUUUUGCCAUAAAAUAUUUUUUCUUAAACGAGGCAUAAAACUUUUUAUUUAUUUAACUUUAUAUCGACUGAUAGAUCUGAAGUUUUAAAAAAAAACUUACUUUUAAAAGCACGUGAGGAGAGUCAAAAGAGUUUUUUAAAAAUCUAUACAUUGUGUUUGUUUUAAAAUAGAAAACAUACGAAAAUGGCCCCCGCGUCCUUUGAGUUGUUCGUGUUCUGCCCUCAGUGGAUCUAGUUUGGACAGUCCUGGUCUGAGCACUUCCCUGGGAAUCAGUUUUGGGGGGUUUUCAAAUAAUUACUUUAAAUAUUUCUUCCUCCACAUGCCUGGUAGAAUUCUUAGCUUGAAUAUAAAGAUGCAAGCAUCUCUACCAUUAGAAGAUAUUUACAGCUAACCAUGCAGUACCAUUAUUCGCUCACAAGAUGGCAGCAGACGACUGCCAUUUUGUUCAAUUGUGACCCAAUCAUCAGAAAUUGAAAAAAACAUUUCUGUGUCCACAUCUUUAUUAACAAUUUCAACAUGGUUUUAUGUUCCUCUUGCUCGCCACAAGUCUCACAAAGUUUUCGUGGAAAUGUAUUUUGCGUAAUCCUUGCUAGCUUCCUUUUAAAAAACAUGCCAACAAGCUCGCUUUUGGCAUACGUUGUUGUUGUCCGCUGUUUUUGUUUAGUUUCACUCUUGUUUGCUUCCCAAUGGAAUGUCGGCGUUUUUGGCAGAAUGUCUUUGCCGCGACAUGCCUGAACGCUAACAAUGCAGUUACACACUUUGGCCACCAGAUGGCGACAAGUUCAACGUACAUUUCAGCUUCCACAUUUUAGGAAAUUUUUUCUGGGUGCGUCGAUUAAAAACUCCACAAAGUUUUGUGAUUAAAAAAAUAUAAAGAUAAUAAUGCUAACUCCCUAUAACUAGCUAGCUUUUGCCAGUGCGAUACAUCGUCGUCGUGGUUUUUUUUUUUUUAUUCGAUUUUUGUUAGCUUCAUCCCGAAUGUGACCUCCUUUUUCCUUUCUUUUUUAUUUUUACAGAAUGCUAACAAACUUCCUUUUUUUUUCCCACAAAUUAUUUAUUGGUACUGAAGAUGAUCUAAUAAAACCUCACAAUGUUGUCGCGUACUGUACUUAGUACACUGUACUAAACUAAUGGCUAAGGAGGCGGCGGGUGUUCAGUUAGCAGGCUAACGUUUUAGCAAUAAAGAGCCUAGCGGUCUUCCCUGGUAGCGUGUGUGUGUGUGUGUGUGUGUGUGUGUGUGUGUGUGUGUGCGUGUGUGUGUGUGUGUGUGUGUGUGUGUGAACGUGGUUGUUUAUUACGGUCAUUACACUGAGGACUAUCUAAGACAAAUAAAACCACUGUAAUCUUUUUAUUGUUUUGGUCUUCUUCCUGCUUUAUUUUGAAAGAGCGUAACUAAUCAUCCUGUUUGGGGAUUUUUUUGUUUUGUAAAAGAGAAAUAAAUGAAAA